GGAAUUUGCGUCUCAGAAGAAGGAGACGGCGGAGAACGCAGAAAAGAAACGCGCUGGGGGGGUGUCUCGUGAUGGUGGGGCGGUCUCGAGCUGUGUUGCGUUCUGUCGUCGCGAACUGGCGUGUUUAAUGUCCCGCUGAAAAACAGCAGACCCGAGUGGAGAGGGAGAAAAUAACAUUAAAAAUGGCGGACAUCGUCGAAGGAGACGAAAUUCGGUCGACUGCGCCUUCCGUGCUGCACCCGUCGUCUCGAAACGGCUCCAGCGGCGGUUCGGCAAUCCGGACCGGAGGCCAGACAGCGACCAUGGUGACGUCAGGCCCACGGUUGGUUCGGAUUGUCAAGUCGGAUUCGGGUUAUGGCUUCAAUGUUCGGGGACAAGUCAGCGAAGGAGGGCAGCUGCGGAGCAUCAACGGGGAAUUGUAUGCCCCUCUCCAGCACGUCAGCGCCGUGUUACCGGGAGGGGCAGCCGACAGGGCUGGUAUCUCCAAGGGCGACCGCAUCCUAGAAGUGAAUGGAGUCAAUGUGGAGGGGGCCACGCACAAACAGGUUGUGGACCUGAUCCGGGCCGGUGAGCGAGAGCUGGUGCUUGCCGUUUUGUCCGUGCCACAGCCGGAGGCUGACAGCCUGGAUCCAGGGGAUGAUGGUAGUGCACAGUCCUGUUAUGACUACAGCGACAAGCAGGCUGUGCCUAUCUCUGUGCCCACGUACAAGCACGUAGAGCAGAAUGGAGAGAAGUUUGUGGUGUACAAUGUAUACAUGGCAGGCCGGCAGCUCUGUUCCAAGCGCUACAGGGAGUUUGCAAUCUUGCACCAGAAUCUGAAGAGGGAAUUUGCCAACUUCACCUUCCCCAAACUGCCAGGGAAGUGGCCGUUCUCGCUGUCAGAGCAGCAGCUGGAUGCACGCCGUAGGGGUCUGGAGGAGUACCUGGAGAAAGUGUGCUCUGUUAGGGUCAUCGGAGAGAGUGACAUCAUGCAGGAGUUCCUGUCUGAAUCUGAUGAAAACUAUAAUGGUGUGUCAGAUGUGGAGCUGAGGAUAGCCCUACCAGACAAGACCACUGUCACAGUGCGAGUUCGCAAGAACUGCACCACCGACCAAGUGUAUCAGGCAGUAGUAAUGAAGGUUGGGAUGGACAACAUUACUGCCAGUUAUUUUGCUCUAUUUGAAGUUAUUAACCACUCCUUUGUGCGCAAGCUGGCCCCUAAUGAGUUCCCCCACAAGCUGUAUGUGCAGAAUUAUACCUCGGCUGUGCCAGGUACCUGCCUCACUCUGCGUAAGUGGCUCUUCACCACUGAGGAAGAGAUCCUGCUUAACGACAACGAACUGGCCAUCAACUACUGCUUCCAUCAGGCUCUAGAUGAUGUGAAGAAGGGAUUCAUUAAGGUAGAUGAGAAGUCCUACCAGCUGCAAAAGUUGGCAGAGCAGCGCAAGAUGGCCAUGUACCUGAGCAUGCUGCGCACCUGUGAGGGUUACAACGAGAUCACCUUUCCCCACUGCUCUUGUGAUUCACGUCGUAAGGGUCAUGUGGUUGCAGCCAUCAGCAUCUGCCACUUUAAGCUGCACGCAUGCACUGAGGAUGGAACCUUGGAGAACCAGGUAAUUGCCUUUGAAUGGAGUGAGAUGCAGCGUUGGGACACAGAUGAAGAGGGUAUGGCCUUCUGUUUUGAGUAUGCUCGUGGAGAGAAGAAGCCACGUUGGGUCAAGAUCUUCACCCCAUAUUUCAACUAUAUGCAUGAGUGUUUUGAGAGGGUCUUUUGUGAGCUCAAAUGGAGAAAAGAGGUGGAAGAGGAAACCACAGAUAAGGACAACAAGAACUGCAGUAAAGAUGGUAUGUGUAGUAAGAAUAUCUUCCAGCUGUUGAGGCACAGAAGGGAUGGCGGCACCUAGGGGGUGAGAUCGUUACCUCUUAACUACUGUACUCCUACAUGACAUCGCCCUGCUGUUCGCAGGGUACUGCAACCAGACUGUACACACAUCCUUCACACAGACAACAGCAGCAUCAUAACAUCUGAAGGAGAUCCUGGAAACAUGUGCACACACAGACACAAAACACACACGGACGUAAAACUGAUAUAAUAAGAAAAAGAAAGAUACAUGUUUAAAAUGAAUAUAUCAUGAGUUAGAAAUCUCCAUACAUCACAUUGCAUCAUGGUGUGGGACUCUGACAGAGAUAUGAUUCAACUGGUUGAAGAGCUCUGCACGGAGUGUUUGGUAGAAGAAAUGGAGGUCUGCAACAGGACUGGCCCGUGGAGACAUCCCAAGAACUGGUUAAGAGAGAUGGAUGGUCAUCUGCCAUGCUUCCAACCAAUAAGGCUGCUCUCACCUACUAGAGGACUGGACCAGUGACUCAUCAUGAGGAAGAUGGAAAGAAAAUGGGGAGUUGAAAUAAGUACUGGAAAUGACAUUAACAACAUGCUUGUAGAGGCAUAGUAAAAUAAUGGAAAUAAGAGGAAAAGGUUUUCUCCCCCCCCCCCCUUCAUAUGCUGGACAAGUGGAAGGACUUAUCAAAAAAAGGCUGAGCAGUGAAAUAACUUUCUGAUGAAAAUACAAGGGCAGAACCAGGAGCUGAAGUGAGUGGCGUGGUAACUAGAAAAAAUAUGAACUAAUUUCAUUUUCUCAAACUAACACACAUUAAACUUGAAAAAGGAGAGACUCAUUGGGUUAGAAUUCAUUUUUUCCAGAAAAAUUAGUCAUACACAUAGGUCACAUGUUUACAGGGAAACAGCAGUGUACAGAGUUGGGCUGUCUGGAGAGAGGGAGAGCUAAAUAUUUUGUUUUUUGGAAUGCAGUCUGCCCAUCUAAAUGACAUGCAUAUUUCUUUGUCAUACCCAUCAAUUUUUUUUUUUUUUAGGUUUAACAAAAUAUUUUGUUGACAACUUGUAAUAUGUAGCUAUCACACUGACAGCAGCAACCUCUAAAGCAUUAAAAUUCACUAAUUUUUUGCUAAACUGAAUAAUGCUGAGUUAGCUAUUUCUGACCUCAUGAUUUAAGAAAUACUUUUUGAGGAAGUGGUGCAUUUCUGCUUUUUAAACCAUAGAAAUUUGUGUAAUUGCUUAAUUUUACCUGACAGAAAAAAUAGACUUGGAUGAUGUAGGCAGCUGAGGUUGACCAUCUCUAACAUUGUUGAUUUGACCAGAUAUUUUCUCCCGCUAUCCCUUGUGUGUAGAGCAGUCCCUAAACAUCAGCUGAUAGGUCCGAACUGCUUUUCUUACUGAAACACUUCUUGUUUGGUAAGACUUGAUAAAAGGUAUUUUCAGAUUGGUGUUUUACAGUAAAUAAGUUCCAAAACCUGUAAUAUGCAGCAGGUGGCCCUACUGUACACUACAACAAUACCGUGGACUUUGAGUAGAUGAACAAAUCUCAUUUAUAUGGCUCCUUUGGGCCCUAUAAAGUCAUUCAAGAUUUUUUUCUUUUUUUUUUUAUUAUUAUUAUUUUCAGAUCCUUGGUUCCAUGUGGCUCAAUGUUAAUGGCUUUGGUUGUGUGUCUGUUUGGGUGGGAGGGUUCCAUAUCUUGAGGUUUUUCUCUUCUGACAGCAAGUCUGAGCGAUGAGUGAGGUAGUGCUCACAGGGGACUAACAUUUCAGCUUGCAGGGUGAGGAGGGAGGGGGACAGCUGUGUGUCCUGACAGAAGAAUGUCAGACACCCUCCCCUGUAUCUCUUAAGAUACAAGAUUGGCAUUGUCUCUCUAGGGAGCUGUGUCACAAUGAAAUUUAUCUCUAUUGAAUGAGUCAUUGCACUAGGAAUGUGUACAUAUGGAAAACACGAGUGAAUUGAUGGUAUGCCAUUGACAGUUAUUUUGUAUUUCUUCUGAUUUUAAUUAUAGAAACCAUUCCACUGGAUUUUAUUUGUGUUUUGAUAGAGCUGAUUACUGCAUUCACCUUGAACUGAUGCACAAUCAUACCUGCGAUGGCACACAUGGCACAGGCAUACAUACACACAGUGCUGUGGUCCCGGUGUGAUGCAGGUCACCACUAUCCUGUACCACUGUGUGUCAUGUGUGCGCUGGCUAAUGGAACUUCCUGAAAGUAUGAGGCUGACUAGUUUUAAUGAAUAAAUAAUCUUAGCGUUGUUUUCAGAUGUUGUUAGCUAAUCUGACAUUAACUCAUUUCCAGUGUUGCGCCAGAGACAGACUGCUGUCUUUGCAAAACCUAACAAGUUUUAUUGUGCUGUAGUUCUUUCUCCCUCUCUCCCUUCUUGCAGGGCUCUUGUGUAGAAAAUGGUGUAGCCAUAUAACUCAUCACAUGGUUUAUUGUCAUGGAAACAGGAAGUGUGCAAAAAUGCUCAGUGUUAAGUCUUCAGGCCUCAUUGUUUCUCUGAGCGUCUGAGUAUAUGGCAUAUGUUUAUACGUGUACGUAAUAGAAUGUACUUCAAAACACAGCCUAUAAUUCUCAGUGUUGUCAAGAUAGCACCCUCUUAUUGGAACAGUGAUUCAAUUAGUUGUUAAAACUGUAUUGUUCAUCCGGUUGUACUUUUUGAACAAUUAAUAUUUUAGAUAGUCUUGAGGAUACUCUUGAUUUUGUUUUAUUUUUUCAAAGAUGAACCUUAAAAUUGUUAUGGAGUGCAGUUCUAAUAAUGUGAUGCCUUCAGCUAAAUGAAUCACCUGAUCAAGGGGGCUUUCUUUUAACUGCAAGUAUAUGAGCCCUGCAAUGUCGAUGUGUAUGAGUGCAUCUGUGUUCAUUGUAAUGGGUUGAAUCACAGAUAUACCAUUGCCCUUUCAAGUCGGAGAGCACCUGUUCUUUCUCCGUUUUGUGCUCUUUAUCCCUGACUGGAAUCAUCAAUUCUUUUUAAUUUAUUUCAGUAAGAUUUAAAGGAAAAAAAUCUAAUGUACAGUAUUUUCACCGGUUAGUUUUUGGGGAAAUAUUUUAAAUAACUUAAAAUAAUGGAAAGACACGUUAAAGGAAAACUAUUUUACGUUUUGUCUAAAGUGAAAUAAAACUAAUUUGAUCCUUAAAGGAAAAAAACAUGGGACAAAGCAAGGGAAAGUUAAUGUGGGUAAAAAGCUGAAAUGCAGAAAAAUGUUUGGUAAUGUCACUUAGUGUAAUAAAUUGUAACAUAUUCUUUUAAAUAAAUUGAUUUA